AUGACCCAAAUCGAGCUCAACCAGUCCCUCUUCGCCGAAGCAAAAGACAAAACAGUCAUAAUAACCGGCGCAGCACGCGGCAUCGGCGCGGCAACAGCAACUCUCUUCAACGCCAAAGGCGCAAACGUCGUCUUAGCAGAUCUAUCCCAAUUCCGCACAGAAGCAGAAGAAGUAAUCAGAACUCAACUGGCCCACCCAGACCGAGCGGCCUUUUUUCCUGCUAAUAUCGUUGACUGGACCGAGUUGACGGAAUGUUUCGAGAAGACAAUUGCCCGCUUUGGCGGGCUUGAUAUUGUCGUUGCUAAUGCUGGCAUUAUGGAAUCUAGACCUGUUCUAGAUUUGGACGCGGUUGAUGAGGAUGGAAGGCUUCUCGAGAGCGAGGAGGCUGGGAGGGUUAUUGAUGUUAAUUUGAAGGGAACUUUGAAUACACUUCGACUGGGACUACACUAUAUGAAAGCACCCACGCCUAUAGAUACUGCUGCUGAGCCAUCACCCCAAUCCCGAAAAUCAAUCCUCCUCGUCGCAUCAACAUCAAGCUACUUCGGCGGGACAGGAGUAACAGCCUACAUUGCCUCCAAACACGGCGUUCUAGGUCUUCUACGCGCAUGUCAACCGACGGCACAGAAGUACGGAGUACAGGUCAAUGCAAUCGCGCCAUUCUUUACGCCGACUCAUAUCACUGCCGGUUUUGCGCAGAGAUGGGAUGAGGCGGGCUUGGAGAAGAAUACUUCUGAUCGAGUUGCUGAGGCUAUUGCGCUUGUUGCGUUGGAUGGGGAGAGGUGGGGGGAUUGUGUUAUGGUUGCUGCGUCUGAAAUAUUCGACAAUGAGUCUAAAAUCGACUUUGGGGUGCGGGAUAGCGUCCUAACCAUCGACGAGGUGACACCCUAUCCACCACUGGGGAGUUCGAUCCAGUUAUUCGAGAGCGAGCCUUCACCCGAAGAACAGGAAUGGCACUUUGGCGUGCGGGAAUGGCUGGUCUUUGUAUGCAUCGUCAUUCUGUCGAUGAUGGAUUCCUUCAAUGCGACUAGCUUGAUCCCAGCAUUACCAGAGCUCGCAAACACAUUCGAAAAACCGCUCGCCAGCACACUAUGGGUCAACACAGUCUACCUCAUCUUCAGCGCAGCAAGCCAACUAUACUUCACAAUGACGAGCGAAGUCUUCAGCCUCGGCCCAGUCUGGAUAAUAGCAGUCGUAUUCGCAACGAUCGGCACAGGAAUCUGCUGCGGAUCCAUGAGUCUCAUCGAACUUAUAAUAGGCCGUAUGAUACAAGGAAUCGGCGGCGGCGGCGCAAUGAGUCUCUGCUUCUUGAUAAUGGCCGAGUCAACGCCCCCAUCCAUUCAUUCCCGGUAUUCGUGCUAUAUCCUGCUAACGCGGAUGUGCGGUGCUAUUCUGGGUUCUGUUGCCUCCGGUGUGUUUGUUGACAAUACCAGCUGGACUUGGGCGUUUUAUUUCAAUUUCAUCUUUUGUGCCCUGGGUUUGUUGGCGAUUCCGUUUGCUGUUGACCUGCGCUUGUCGAAGAGUAUUCCGCUUCGGAAGUUAAGGAUUUUGGAUUGGUCCGGUGCUACUAUGGCCUUUUUGGGUCCUGGGGCUGUUCUUGUUGGGUUGACUUGGGGUGGGAGUUUGUAUCGUUGGUCGGAGUGGCAGACUAUUGUGCCGAUUGCAAUUGGUGCUGCUGUUUUCCUUGCGCUUGUUUUCUAUGAGUCUAAGUGGGCUCUUCAUCCGCUGUUUGGGAGGAGGGUGUUUCGCUCCAGGAUGAUGGUUAUGACUUAUCUCGGUUGCUUUUUGCAUGGGUUUAUGGUCUUUGCUCACUUGCAAUUCUUCCCGCUGUACUUCAUGGCAACCCACUAUAUGUCUGCCACGCUGUCGGCCGUGACCUUACUAGCCAUGAUCGGGCUGGCAAUCGCUCCGGCCGCGAUUGUUGGCGUGAUUCUUGCCAGAGAGUCGAGAUGUACGCAGUGGAUCAUCUCGGGCGGUUGGAUUUUGACUAUCCUUUCAGGGGCGUGCUCUAUUCUUUUGGAUAGCACGACGCCAGCGGUGGGAUGGAUGUUCUUGUUGUUCACAGCAGGCAUGGGUCACGGUCUUCUGCUCUCGAGCUAUAACGUUAGAGUCCAGAAUGUGCCCAAGGAUGAAGACCCUUCUCUGACGACUCUGCCAACUACCAUCUCCAAUUAUAUGAGGGCCAUGGGUAUGGCAUUUGCCGUUCCUGUCGGGGGUGUUGUGUUGUUGAACAUGUUCAGUCAUGGGUUGACAGGAAUUGGAUUGGACCGGAAUUUGGUCAAUACGGCGAAUGGGUAUCUGAUCUUGAUGAACCAGGUCAGGAUGUCAAGUGAACAUAGAGAAGCCGUCAAACUUGCUUCAGUCGCGGCGUUCCGAGUGGUGUGGGAGGUCCUCACUGGUGUUGCUUUCGUUGGGGGACUUUCGUCUGUUUUCCUGUGGCGGAGGUACCCGUCAGCAUAG